AUGCCAGGCCGAGGGUUACUCAGGGUACUCAGCGGGUGCACCCUACUGUCACUCGGUGCGGUCACUGUCGUGGCAGUAGAUACCUGGCCGUACAUGACCCUGCAGACUGCUCCAUACCAGCCUCCGCAGAUCCAAGUCACCAAGAGCGGCACCACCGACCCGGGCUACCUCUUUGUUGGCCCCCGUGGCAACAAGCCGGCAGGCACGGCGGCGUUGAUCUACGACGAGGACGGCAACCUGGUCUACCAGGGCCCGGACCAGGUGACGGCCAAUUUCCGGGUGCAGCGGCUGUUCAACCAGGAUGUCAUUACCUUCUGGGCCGGCAACAUGACCGACCUGGGCUUUGGGUAUGGCUCCGUCCACAUUCUCGACAAUACCUACCGGGAGAUCUACACGGUGACCCUGCAGGGAAACUUUGAGACGCCGGACCACAGCGUGCCGGAUUCGUACAUUGACCUGCACGAGAGUCACAUCUCGGCCCGCAAUACGUUGCUGGUCACGGCCUACAACGUCACCCAGCAGUCCCUGACGUCGAUCGGGGGCACGCCGGAGGAUUACAUGCUGGACAGUCUGUUCUACGAGAUCGACAUUGCUACCAAUGAGGUCGUGCAUUCGUGGAGCGCCCUGGAACAUGUCGACCAGAUUGCCUUGACGGAUUCCAAGCAGGGGAUUGACGACGAUCAUGGAACGCGUGAGCAGCCGUGGGAUGCGUACCAUAUCAACUCGGUAGAACUGUUUGACCAGGGGUAUCUCAUCUCGCUGCGCCACUACUGGUCGGGCUAUUAUGUCCAUAGCAAUGGGACUGUCAUGUGGCAAUUUAGUGGCGAACUGGGCAAGGGCGACUUCCAACUGGACAAGGCCGGCGUGUUCUCCUGGCAGCACGACAUGCGCCUCUACAACCAGACCGAAACCGGCAUGAUCCUGAGUCUGUUCAACAACGCCAACACCCCUACCGAGACUGUUGCGCCGUCGACGGGUUUGAGCUAUGCGGUGGAUCUGGUCAACCGCACGGCGAAGACACUUCGCACGCUGAGCGACAGCAAAGACGUCAUCCACAGCGUUAGUCAAGGCAACUACGAACUGCUCGGCCCGUCGGGACAUGUCGUGCUGGGCUACGGCUCCAUUGCCAAGAUCAAAGAGUUUGACGCCAACAACAAGCAGGUCCUCACGGCGCAGUUUGGCACCGACAACGAGGUGGCGUCGUACCGCGGGUACAAAUGCGCCUGGAAAGCGACGCCGUUCUGGGCGCCGGCGAUUGUCGUUCGUCGGGUGUCGGGUGAUUCUGCACAGGUGUUUAUGAGCUGGAACGGGGCGACCGAGUAUGACAAUUGGGCUGUCAUGGCGGCGGAUUCGUUGGACUCUGUCAACCCUACGAUUGUCACCACCUUUAAGCGCACUGGCUUUGAGACGUCUGGUACGGUUCGGGGAUUAAAGACACCAUAUCUCCAGGUGGUGGCUCGUCGGGGCGAUAUUCCUCUUGGCAUGUCGCCUAUUAAAAUGCAUCUCAACAUCCCUCUCACUCUGACCCUCUGUCUCCCCCUCGCUCUGGCCCUGCCUCCGAGACCCUUGACCAUGACCAUGAUGAACCCAAAGAUCCCCAGAUCAACAAACCAAACCCUGGGCCACGCCACCAUCCACAACACCUGCCCAAGCGAAAUCUAUCUCUGGUCCGUCGGCUCCACCAUCGCCCCGCAACUCACCCUCCCCCCAAACACAACCUACACCGAGCCAUACCGCCGCGAUCCCGCCAGCGGCGGCAUCGCGCUGAAGCUCACGCGCGUGCAGAACGGGCUGUAUACCGCGGCGCCGCAGAUGGUGUUUGCGUAUAACCUUGUGCAGCAGCAGAUAUGGUACGAUCUGUCGGAUGUGUUUGGGGAUCCGUUCUAUGGAAGUCGGGUUCGGGUGGAGUAUCGCUCGCUGUCUGGAGAGGAGGGGGGCGAUGAGGAAGAGAAGGGGAUUGAGUGGGUGGAUGGGGUGUCGCCGGGGGGAAGUAUGGUUAGGGUUGCGGAUGCGCAGGGCGAUUUGCUUUUGACGGUCUGUUAG